GUUACAUGCCGCUAGCUGAUUAUAUUGGCACGCGCAAGAAGCGUGCGCAGGAUCUUGGCCCGCUCGCGGUAUUGCUACGAGCGAACGCGGUCGCUGCUGUAGUUUUCCACGAGCUGGCAUCUCUGCAAAUUUCAGCAAACUCUUAGCCGUUUUCUCUGAGUUGGAGCCAAGGCGCCCACCAGGAGCCACUGGAACGCGGCGCGACAAGCUCGGCAAAGAAGCGCAGCACCAUGCGGGCCCUCCUCGUCGCCUUCCUCGCCGUAACGCAAGCCUACAUCGCCCCGCGGCCGACGAGCCGGCCCGUGCCGCGGCCGGCGUCCCCGAUUACAGAUCAAGAAACCAGCAUCGACGUCGACUGGCGCAGCUUCCGCGCCAAGCUGGAAGCCACGGGCCUCGAUUCCAAAGCGCGCGAGCAGUGGGCCGACGACGCCUGGGCCCACGCGUUACCGAGACCCGAGGCCGGCGGCUUGCUGCUCGCGCUGCCCUUCUCGGCGACGCUCUGCCAUGCGAAAUCGCCGUGGUUCCGGGACGUGCGACGCUUCGCGUCCAAGAAACGCUUCGCCGCGGCGCGCGCAUUAGGCGUGCCUAUGAAAAAAAGAAACUACGCGGACGGCGACCGCCGGCACCGGACUCUCGCAAGGCAAUUUGCUACGAUAGAAUUAAGAAGAGUGGCCGAGACGCCGGUGCAUGCUCGAACAUUAAAAGAUCGCAAAUUCCUGAACAUGAGAGAUGAGGCGAUCAGAAGAGCGAGGGACGUCGUAUUGGUCCUCGAUGAUGAGGGCGCGUGUAUACGACUGGGCAGGCAGGACCGCGGCGCGCCCUGGGGGAGUCGGAGAAGAAGCGCGGCUUUGUUUGCGGCAUUGGAGUGAGACGCGGAGCGGAAAUCACAUGCCGGGCGCCCCACGCCAUCGACCCGAUGAUGAUCCCAUUCCUUCGGCUGCUCGACGGCGUGGAGGUUUCACGCCAUCGACGCGACGCUGGUCGAUGGCGUGGAGUCUCACGAUCGACCCACACAGGUUCGACGGCGUCUUCCCGGACUUCCACGACUUCCAGGCCGCGUUCGGCGACGAGGUCACGGUCUAUACGGGAUCGAGGGAGGUGGAGGACUGGGAGGGCGUGGCCUGGUCCGGAGAGGCGCUCAUGCUGCAUACGCGGGACCUCGAAGGGAGCACGGAACUCGCGCCGGGCUGCGGCAUCUAUCGAGGCGGCGCCGCGCACGCCGCGAGAUUAGUAUGCAACGGCGAGGCCGAUGCGGCGGAGUUCGCCUUUUUUGUGGGGCGCUACGAGUUCGCACCGGGCGAAUUACGAACCGCGGUCGACUGUGGAUUGUAUCAACCCGCGGCCUGCUCGUCGGCCCAGGUCCUCGGGAACGAAAGAGACGCGUCGCUCUGGCACUCGCUGAUGCGGAAGCUCGGCGGGUCUAGCGCGGACAUUGAAAUGCUCGCGCCCAAAUUACCGGUCUGUUCCAGUGAUACGGUCGACGGGCCCGACGAGUGCCUGUUCGGCGACACCUAGCUAGGACCUCUCCAAGACCCCCCUCCUGUAAUAACCUGUUUUCUGAAA